AUGACGGAGACAUUAUCGCACAAAAAGGGAAUAAAGAUUACAUCAAAUCUCAGUACUAACAGGCGACAGGCCCUCAAGGAAUUCUAUAAACUUCAGGAGUCACAGAAACAGAGGCUUCAGGAGCUCGCAGAAGAGCGUGCAGAAGCACAACCAGUUCAACCCACAGAAAUCCAACAAGCAACAACGGACGAACCGGAUGACGGGCCCAAUACCGACACAAAAGAGCCCAGCCUUGAAGACUUUGAGGAGUUUGUGAAAAGUUCUGAAUUCAAAACGCUGCUGAAGGUGGAGAACAAAAUAUGCGAGGAACUCAACUCCAACCAGUCGGAGAUCAAAUCCAUCAUCUACAACAAUUACUACGAGCUGAUUAAGAUCAACGAUGUUUUGCUGAAUAUGAAGAAAAGAAAUGAAGGAACGACGGACGGGGACUCGGAUGACGUUAUCAGCAAUCUCAGCAAGAUAAAGUCGCGCGUUGUUGAGUUGAGGGGAAUGGAUAUGAACGUGAUACCAUCCGGAUCAGCCAAGAACAAGUCAUUGCAAAAGAGCCUUGGCGGCGUGCUGGUGGCGCCGAGGAUUCCUCGUGAUAGUCUCAAAACAAUUGAGGACAUGCUGCCCGAUCUGAACGGAGAAUCGUUGAUUCUGCAGAUGAAUGAAUUGAAGAGGAAGGCUCUUAACUAA